AUUAGUGAACUAGUAGUUAAAAUUAAAGCCUCCGUUUGAAAGUACCGAUUAUCCUUCUCCAGCAGAGUAUUUCAAGUGGCAGUUAGGCUCACCUUUACCAUUUAAUCUUUCGUAUGCUGUAGUGUAUAUGGUAGAUGUAGCUCGUACUCGAAUCAGGUCAACUAAUGUUUCGCAACAUCCACAAAAUUACGCCCCAUUAAGAAGCACAAAAGGAGUGGAUUAAGGAAGUUGAUCAUAUCGUACGUACUGCCUCAAGACUUCAAACCGUGAGGAACGUUACUCCGGUUCCAGAUAUUCCAGAUACAUUAGGAGUACCGAGAGGCUGCCUCAAUUAGGAGUAAGAGGGCUGCCUCAAUCAGUGCUGAUAAUAUGGUUAAGACUGUUUGUAGAAAGAUUGCACGCAAUCGUCCGCUAUUCUCCACUCACUUCACUGCUGAAUGUUCCGGGUGAUAAAGCUUUAAAUUAAAAAGCAACACAAAGGCAUUCUGUUUGCAGCCUGAAGGAAAGCCUUCCACUGCGCUGUAGUUUCCUCCGUACUUGCUAGUGGACAACAUCGAUUGGAUCGUAACACCGCCAAAUUACGCAACGGUUGCAUAUACGCAGAUCUUGCCACUGGAAGCGGAGUUCACGCACAUUGACCCAGCCAAACGAGAUCGUUCGCGAUAACGCAUUCCUCUCGCGAUCGUGAUCGAAGCACCUUCCGUACGUGCACCGAACCUGAAGCUGAAGAAGCUGAACGCCUGUAAAGCAUGGGCCUGUCACGCGUGGAGCGUGUUGUGCCCGGUACCCGUUGGCUUCGCGGGUACACGGGACAGUUUGUGGUUGCGGAUCUGAUCGCUGGAAUCACGGUUGGCCUGACGGUGCUUCCACAGGGGUUAGCCUAUGCGACGCUGGCCGGUUUGGAACCACAGUAUGGUUUAUACUCGGCGUUUGUUGGUGGCGUUGUGUACGCUUUGCUGGGCGGAUGCCGUGAGGUCACCAUCGGUCCAACCGCGCUACUAUCGCUCAUGACCAGUCGACACACGGGCUAUGGAGGAGAGUCCGGUCCGCAGCUUGCCAUACUGCUGUGCUUCCUGUCCGGUGUGGUGGAGUUGCUAAUGGCCGUCUUACGGCUAGGUGCACUGGUCGAUCUGAUCUCGCUGCCCGUGACGGUAGGAUUUACUUCGGCCACGGCGCUAAUCAUCGGUGCCUCGCAGCUGAAAGCGCUGCUCGGUAUCCGCGGUGGUUCUGGGUCAGGAUUCGCCAGCACCGUGCGUACGGUCAUUGAAAAGCUUCCCGAAGCACGUGUAGCCGAUAGUAUUCUUGGCGUUGUCUCGAUCGCAGUACUGCUGGCGAUGAGGAAAUUGAAAGACAUCAAGACACCCCCGGACGCUACGAGAGGCCGCAAGGCAUUGGGGCUCGUUUGCUGGUUGGUAGCAACGGCGCGGAACGCACUCGUCGUGCUGGUAACCAGUUUUGUCGCGUUCUACUACGACCAGCGAGGCGAACGGCCCUUUAUCCUCACAGGCACCGUCAAGAGAGGUAUACCGGAUUUUCAACUACCACCGUUCAGUACCGUUCUACCCGGUGGCGGAGGACCCAACGGUACGAGCCCGGUACAGUUGGGCUUUACCGGCAUGAUCGAAGAAUUGGGUGCAUCGAUUGCGCUCGUGCCAAUCAUUGCAGUGCUUGGCAAUGUGGCCAUUUCAAAAGCAUUCGGUGGAAGCGGUAUCAAUCCGACCCGUGAGCUGGUCGCGCUUUCGCUGAGCAACAUCUGCGGUUCGUUCUUCAGUUCCUUCCCGGUCACUGGGUCGUUUUCGCGCAGUGCCGUUAAUCAUGCGAGUGGCGUGAAAACGCCGAUCGGUGGCAUUUACACCGGUGCGUUAGUGCUUUUGGCGCUGGGUGUGCUGACACCGUACUUCCAGUUCAUUCCGAAGGCUGCUCUGAGUGCGGUCAUCAUAUCGGCGGUAAUUUUUAUGAUUGAGUACGAAGUGAUUCGGCCGUUGUGGCGCUGCAGCAAGCGAGAGCUAAUUCCGGGCGCUGUAACGUUCGUGCUGAGUUUAAUCGUCGGCGUGGAGCUGGGACUGUUGGCUGGUGUAUUGACCGAUCUGGCAUUUGUAGUGUAUCGUACAGCACGCCCGCUGCUGACGGUUAGCGUAGCGAACACAAUCCCCGGCGCGCAGUACAUUCUGAUCCGUCCAAAUCAUAGCGUCAUUUAUUUCCCUGCUGUCGAGUGGGUACGAAACGUUACGUCUAAAGCGAUCAAACAGCACGGCAACAUCCCGGUUGUGUUUGACUGUCGGUUAGUGAACGAAUUUGACUACACUGCCGCGACAGGGUUGCAAAUGCUGCGCAAAGAGCUGGAGAAGAAAAAGAUUCCCCUGAUCAUAUACGGAUCAUCCAGCGAGGUAAGGAAACUGCUGCAGGAAACGCUGAAAAGUAGCCUGGUAGAAGUUACCAACGAUGACGAGCUAGAGACACUGCUGCAAGAAUUGUCCACUGCCGAGGGAGGUAAGCAUGAGCUGCGAGAAGUCGUUGCACCGCUCCUACCGUCCGAACGUACACCGCCCAUCGCUGAAAUCGAGUUGGCUUAAGUCAGUAGUGGUCUAGUGUGCUGUUUUAUGUGUUGUGUAUGUGUCUGUAAAUGUGUAGGUAGAUGUGCUUGUUUCGUUCACUUAUCGUUUAAUGUUACGCUCGUUAAUCAUCCAAUCAUCCGGUCAGAUUUCAUUGCACGUGCUGCGUAAAAUCGUGGAGCAGUACCGUUGACGUUCCUUUCUGUUUCUGUAUCCUUUAUCCCGAAGAUUGUUAUAGGUUUAUGAUUAAAAAAAAAACAAAAACAAAUGCAAAAGCUCUCCCGGACAGAGGUUACAUUUGUCUGAAAACGAAUCUACUCCUCGGAUAAAAGUUCCAAUUGGCCAUUGACCGACGACUCGAAUUUAUUGUUGAACCAUGUCCGCACACCGUAUGCUAUGUGUAUAUCGAUUGAAAUAAAUUAAAUCCAAACAGAACCAUUUUAUCAUAA